GAAUGCAGCAGCAGGCUGACUGGCUCUGUGAAGAUGGCGGACUGUAUACGUGUUCCUCUGCUCCUGCUUUUGAUGUGCAUCUUGUCGUCUGUGCAUCCAGUUCGCGGAGAUAACAAUGUAGUCGCCAGACUUCCUGGUAAUCCUGAUAACCAGCAAAAUCAACCCGGAGGUCCUGGGCCGGUUGCGGUGAUCCCGGGAGCCGCUGAAAGGAACCUGGGUGCUGGGGCCUCGCUUUCUCGGAGGCGCUCUGCCGGCUGGAAGUUGGCAGAGGAGGCUGUGUGCAAGGAGGACUUGGCCCGGCUUUGCCCCAGACAUUCCUGGAACAACAACCUGGCAGUGUUGGAGUGCCUCCAGGACAAGAAAGAGGAAACUGAGAUCGCUGCCGAAUGCAACCAUCUGCUGUGGAACUACAAACGGAACCUGACCACCGACCCAAAGUUUGAGUCUGUAGCUGUGGAGGUCUGCAAGACGACCAUCUCUGAGAUUAAAGAAUGUGCGGCCGAGGAGCCGGGGAAGGGCUACCUGGUGUCCUGCCUGGUGGAUCACCGCAGCAACAUCAGCGACUACCAGUGCAGCCAGUACAUUACCAAAAUGACCACCAUCGUCUUCAGUAACUACCGGCUGAUCUGCGGCUUCUUGGACAAGUGUCUGGACGACAUCAACGCUUUAGUCUGCGGCAGCAUCAGCACUAUAGAGAAGGACGUCCACUCCCAGGGGGAGGUCAUCGCCUGUCUGGAGAAAGGUUUGGUGCGGGAGGCCGAGGAGCAGCCAGGGGCACACGCCAUCAAAGACGAGUGUAAAAAGGCCAUCAUGAGAGUCGCUGAGCUCUCUUCGGAUGAUUUCCACCUGGACCGCUACCUCUACUUCUCCUGCCGUGACGACCGCGAACGCUUCUGUGAAAAUACUCUGGCCGGAGAGGGACGAGUUUACAAAUGUCUCUUCAAUCACAAGUUUGAGGAGGCGAUGUCCGAGAGGUGCCGCGAGGCGUUGACCACCAGGCAGAAGCUGAUCGCUCAGGACUACAAGGUGAGCUACUCGCUGGCCAAAGCCUGCAAGUCGGACCUGAGGAAGUACCGCUGCAGCGUGGACACCAACAUGCCCCGAGCCCGCGAAGCUCGUCUGUCCUACCUGCUUCUCUGCCUGGAGUCUGCUGUGCAUCGAGGUCGCGUGGUCAGCGGCGAGUGCCAGGGCGAGAUGAUGGACUACAGGCGGAUGCUGAUGGAGGAUUUCUCACUGAGUCCUGAAAUCGUGCUGCACUGUCGCAGCGAGAUCGAGGGCCACUGCUCCGGUCUGCACCGCAAGGGACGAACGCUGCACUGCCUGAUGAGGGUCGGCCGAGGGGACAUGGGAGCGAUCGACCCCAACUGUCAGAGGGCGCUCCAGACUCUGAUCCAGGAAGCCGAUCCUGGAGCCGACUACCGUAUCGACCGAGCGCUGAACGAGGCCUGUGAGUCCGUCAUCCAGACCGCCUGCAAACACAUCCGCAACGGAGACCCCAUGAUCCUGUCAUGUCUGAUGGAGCAUCUGUACACUGAGAAGAUGGUGGAGGACUGUGAACACAGGCUGCUGGAGCUGCAGUACUUCAUCGCCAGAGACUGGAAGUUGGAUCCCAUCCUGUAUAAGAAAUGUCAGGGUGAUGCCGCUCGGCUCUGUCACACUCACGGCUGGAACGAGACCAGCGAGAUGAUGCCGGCCGGUGCCAUCUUCUCGUGCCUGUACCGCCACGCUUACCGCUCCGUGGAGCAAGGACGCAGGCUCCCCGAUGGGGCAACUGAAGCAGAGCGCCAUGGUUUCGCUCUCUCCAGGGACUGUAAGGUGGAGGUGCAGAGGAUUCUCCACCAGAGGGCACUGGACGUGAAGCUGGACCCUGAGCUGCAGACACGCUGUAUGACCGACCUCGGGAAGUGGUGCAGCGAGAAGACGGAGGCCGGACAGGAGCUGGAGUGUCUGCAGGACCACCUGGAGGACCUGGUGUUGGUCUGCAGAGAAGUCGUGGGAAACCUGACCGAGCUGGAGUCAGAGGAUAUUCAGAUCGAGGCGCUGCUUAUGAGAGCGUGUGAACCCGUCAUCCAGGCCCACUGCCACGAGGUAGCUGAUAAUCAGAUAGACACUGGGGAUCUGAUGGAGUGCUUGGUUCAGAACAAACACCAGAAGGAGAUGAAUGAGAAGUGUGCGGUGGGGGUGACACACUUCCAGCUGAUUCAGAUCAAAGAUUUCCGUUUCUCCUACAAGUUCAAGACGGCCUGUAAGGAAGACGUCCUCAAACUGUGUCCCAACAUCAAGAAGAAGGUGGACGUAGUGAUCUGCCUCAGCACCACGGUGAGGAAUGACACGCUGCAGGAGGCCAAGGAGCAGCGAGUCUCCGUCAAAUGUCGUAAACAGCUGCGGGUGGAAGAGGUGGAGAUGUCGGAGGACAUCCGUCUGGACCCGGAGCUGUACGACUCCUGUAAGCAGGACAUCGCCAGAUUAUGUCAGAACGUGGCCUACGGCAACGCACAGGUUAUCGAGUGUCUGAAGGAGAACAAGCGUCAGUUGACUUCGCGUUGCCACCAGAGGAUCUUCAAGCUGCAGGAGGUGGAGAUGGUUGAUCCUGAACUGGACUACCAGCUGAUGAGAGUCUGCAAGCACAUGAUCAGGCGGUUCUGUACAGAGUCGGAGGGGAAGAACGUUCUUCAGUGUCUGAAACAGAACAAGAACAGCGAGCUGAUGGAUCCCAAAUGCAAACAGAUGAUCACUAAGAGACAGAUCACUCAGAACACAGACUACAGGCUGAACCCGGUGCUGAGGAAAGCCUGUAAAGCCGACAUCCCAAAGUUCUGUCAGUCCAUCCUGAACAAGGCGACAGCAGACAGCGAGCUGGAGGGUCAGGUCAUCUCCUGCCUCAAACUCAAAUACGCCGACCAGCGUUUAUCGUCAGACUGUGAGGAUCAGAUCCGGGUCAUCCUGCAGGAGUCGGCGCUGGACUACAGACUGGACCCUCAGCUGCAGAUCCACUGCACACAGGAGAUCUCGAGGCUGUGUCCGGAGGAGGCAGCAGCACAGGAGCAGACAGGGCAGGUGGAGGAGUGUCUGAAGGUCAACCUGCUGAAGAUCAAACAGGAAGGAUGUAAGAAGGAGGUGUUGAACAUGCUGAAGGAAAGUAAGGCGGACAUCUUUGUCGACCCUGUCCUUCACACAGCGUGCGCUCUGGACAUCAAACACCACUGUGCUGCCAUCCCACCUGGCAGGGGGCGCCAGAUGUCGUGUCUUAUGGAGGCGCUGCAGGACAAACGUGUUCGUCUGCAGCCGGAGUGCAAGAAGAGACUCCAGGAUCGCAUUGAGAUGUGGAGCUACGCUGCCAAGGUGGCUCCCGCUGAGGGUUUCUCCGACCUGGCCAUGCAGGUGAUGACAUCACCGUCCAAGAACUACAUCCUGACUGUGAUUGGUGCAGGUGUGGCGCUGCUCUUCCUGGUGGGGCUGUUCUGCGGCCGGUUCACCAAACGCGUGACUCAGGAGCUGAAGGACAGGUAGACCACGCUCACUCUGGGGUCAGGACACGUCCACAGGAGAAACGACCACCGCUGAAACAGACCUCCCUCCCCCCCCCGACAACCGCAAGAACUCCACCUGCCUUUCCACUUUGCCGUUUCAGUCCUUCUCGCCGCGCUUCAUCCAUCAUCACUCCUCGCUUCUUCUUGCUUCCUCUUGAGUGACAUUACUCACAGUCCCGCAGCUGAAAGUGGGCCUGAUCAGUGACUCACCUGUGCUGUUUUGACAUGAGCCCCGCCCACUCUUCAAGAGGCCACGCCCACCGCCACCUCUUCUUCAGAUUUUUUUUUUCUUCUGAUUCUUCUUCUCUCUCUGAGCCGGGUCCUCCCGCAGUUUUACCUGCGCUCACCUGAUGUAGAUGCAGUAUUACUCCGCUUUUCUUUUUUUCCCUCCCCCCGUUGCUGUGGUGGUGGGUGGGGUGUCUGAGGAGAGGGGGAGGGGGAGUGGGGGGUUGUAAGGAUACGGGGUCAAAGAUCAAAAUUUAGGGACAAGGGAGGUGAAUGAAAUCAUAGUGUAAAUGUGUAGAAAGUGGGAAGUGGGAUGGGGAAAUGCUCGUGUAUAGAGCAGUUUAAUGACUCCAGUAUUUUAAUGACUACAGUGUGUGUGUGUGUGAGUGUGUAUGUGUGAGUGUGUGUGUGUGUGUGUGUUUGUUUGAUCUAAACUGUCUUUCUACCACCUUAUUCUUCUAGUUUGUGUCCUGCUUAAAGGGUUUUUUGGGAUUUUUUUUUUUUUUUUUUGCUUAUGUGUAUUAGUUAGGUUUAUCGCCGUGGGACUGCCAGACGGGCGGUGCCAACCAGCCAGCCCUUCACCGAGCCACAGAUGAGAUAAAGAAAGGAGGGGAUAACGCAUCACAAACACUCCCAGCCGGCUCGCUCAGAGCUCUUCCUAAAAGCGGGAAUUAUUAGUGGUUAAUUUUAUUUUUGACUUUUGAAACAGCAGACCUGGUGACCUCAGCUCUCCUUUAAUGCAGUCCGAUUUUUUUUUUUUCUCAGUCCAACCUGUGCCAUAAAUGCACCAUAUCCACCUGCUGCUCCCAGUUUAGCCGAUGUCACCGUUCCAGCAGCCGGUUGGGACGUUUGUUUGUUUUCCAUUGUGCCACAGAAGCAGUGGUGAUCCCGUUCUGAACCUGAACUGGGUGGAGCAGACGUACUGGGCAAACUGGCUUGUCCCUCUCUCUCUCUCUCUCUGGCUUUCCUUUUUUCCCCCCAGUCAUGAACUUGCAGAGUGGCCGUCGGUCUCACGCUGGUUGGUACGGAAAAGCUGAGAGCAAUGCAGGAAAAAAACAGAAUAAAGAAAUAAAAAGAAAGGUUCUAGAUUAUUAUAGAGAUGUGAACAUUUUUGUGUAAAGAUGAUACUGGAAUCAUUGCACAUUUUUCGUUCUUUUUUUUUUUUAUAUCUAUAAAUAUAUAUAUAUUGUUUUGUCAUAGCCUUAUUUAUUUGUUUACUAAUGGACAAAGUUUUUUUUUUUUUUUUCUAUGAUUUGAAUGUUCUCUGGUUGCCUUUUCUCCAGCGAGCGAGCGUCCCUCCUUCCUGCAGGGGGGGAGGAGGAGGGGAUGCAGGCGGUGAAGGUUCGGCGUCCUCCGGGCUUCAGCCUGCUUCAGCCUGCUUCAGCAGCUGGCUGAUUUUUCAUGCAGGGCAGUGAACGCCUCUCUGGUAGGCAGAGUGGGUUCGGUUUCUGCAGCACGUUAGAAACUGAAUUGGACUGAAUUGAGUCCGGAAAGCUUUGUUGAUGUGAGACGAGCUGUGCGAUGGUGACAGGAAAAGAUCGAUCGUGUAGUUUCUGAGUCGGUACAUCGACAUCUUUAAUGUGAUGAUGCUUUGGGGAUGACCACUGCUUUCAUAUGCUACUAAAACUGAUCAGUUCUGUGGAUGUAAAGAUCUAACAGGAAAUAAAACGGUUUUUAUCGAACUUUAACGAACAUAAGGUUUUAUUUUUCGUGCUUUCACGCCCGUCCUGUUCGGUUCGGUUCGGUUCGUCAGGGCUGGUGUGAAAGCUGGAAACUGAAAUCUGGUGUGUGUGUGUGUGUGUGUGUGUGUGUGACCGGGCUGAGACGAACUACAGGACAGUAUGACUUUAGAUCUGUGACUUUAGCAUUAAAGCUAAAUGAUCAAACUGGUCUGAUGAUCAGUUGGUGAUCAGUUGGUGAUCACCUGGUCUGUGCAGGUUACUGCUGGAGGUUUCCGGUUUUAUCGUCCGUCACAGAGUCGCGAGCUUUUUUUUUUUUUUUUUUUUUGGUCUCACUGCGUCUGAGCGACUUCGCGAAUCUCUCCUCUCCCAGGUGAAGCCGAUCUCGUGUACAUGAUGUGUAGUAUACUGAUACCGAGUGCUGACAGGCUGUUAACGUCCGUACCGUACCGUACCGUGAAGCCUGUACCGAUCGUUGUUUUCUACCUGUUGAAGCUCGGGUGUGCUGAGCGCUGCCCUCCCUGCUGAACAUGAGACGUUCGGAUUCGUUGAACUGCCUUCGCUUUUUUUUCUUCCCCCCCAUCAUCUGACUUCAGUUUUAUCAGAGUGUGCCUACUCACCGUCCCGCUGAGGGACCCUGCUGUACAGAACAUCCCAGAACCCCCUGCAGCACCCAGCCGAGGAGCACGUGGGCAUGAGUGUGUCUGAGUGUGUGUGUCAUGGAUAACAGGUGUGCGUGUGUGUGUGUUGCCCACAGGUUUCACACCGUGAGUGCGUGCAGGAUGCUGAGUGAUCUUCGGUCGGUUCCUCGCAGUGUUCUCGUUGUCCGAAGCGAUGAUGACUAGAACGUUUGACUUUAAGUUUGUGAUGAUAAAACCUCUUUGUAAACGAUGUUUUGUGUCUGAAUCCAUGGUUCUCCUGGUCAUCUGAUUAAUUUUUUUUUCCUGUCCACUUUUCCUUUUGGUUUCUUUCUGUUGUUCUGUACAGAUGAAAAUUGGACGGUUUGUUAAUAAUAAUAAAGUCUGCAAGGUUUCUA